AUGAACUUGAAAUCUCUUCUCGUCCUACUACUCAGCGGGAGGUUGGGUGUCAGUGGCUUGAAGAAGGCGGGAGGAACCAAACCAUGGGAUUUGGAUUCAGCUGUUGAUGAGUCUGGUUGGGCGGAUGAGCGCAUACCGGCAGAGGCCAAUCCAUAUUUGAAAGAAGCCUUGGAGGACUUCAAUGCUUACGAGCCUUGGGAUCACCCUUGA